CACCACGGGGCUUGGGAAGCUUGGGAGUUCCUCAAGCGUUCGUGAGACCUACCACUCACUUCUAUUCAUUAUUUUCUGGGUAGCUGUAUGUAUGGCUUCCGGACUGGCUCUCAUUUGUCCUGUCUCCGACAACCACUGCACAUUCUGCAAAUACUUUCAUUUGUCUAUUGGGGGGAGGCUGCACGAGCCAUGUGGUGGAUGGUCUGCCCCGAAGAUAUUGAUGGGGCGACCUCGUUGUGCUAUGAUGAUGUAAACAUGGCCCAUUGCACAGUAAUGAGUUGGGGUCCAUUAGCCAUCAAAUUGGCCGAGCGAAGUGAUUACUACAUCAUAAUUCACGCGUAAACAAGACCUUACCCCCGUGAAUACCUCGAUUUGGACAUAUUUUAUUUUGCCCUCAAC